AUGGCAGCGCUCGAAGGGAACCUCAUUGUCAUGAUCGCCAUUUGUUCGGUUCUCUUCGGUUCUUACAUCAGCUUCCAGGUCUACAAUGUAGUCACGCUCUUUCGCACAGCGCGGCUUGCGAGGCAAGGUAGCCGUGAUCCCGAGCUAGGCGCCAACAACCCUUCCAGCACGACCGGCAACGCUCCACCCCAGGCGGGCAUCGAGCUCAAGAAAUUGCCCCCGAAUCCUUUCUCCAGGACCAACACUUCUUUCCUUGACCCCCGCACUCCCCCGCCUGUCCCCUCCAUCAGAAUCACCACCACCACCACCACCACCACCACCACUCCCCGUCGUCCCGCCGCCUCAUCACCGUUGACGGAUGCGACCACCACUUCCCCAUGCCACCCCAGCCCCACCUACCACCACUGCUCUCGCGACGGCCGCCCCUGCACAAUCUCGUGCUGCAGCGACCCGUUCGAUCUCGAGGCGCUCGUCUCGUCGCCGCACUCCCUCCAGUCGCGCGACGCAUACAGCCCGCCCGGCCUUCUCGCAAGCCCCCCGCCGACACCCGCGCCGAGGCGGCUGACGAUACGCGAGAGGAGACUGACCCCGCUUCACGCCCCUACUAGCAAUGGCGAUGGCAGCAGCAGCAGCAGCAGCGAUGGGCGUAGCGUCGUCUCGCCGCCCACCGCGCCCGACGAUGCGUUCUCGGUCGGCAGUGAUGACGACGACGACCUCGCCAGUGAUAGGACGGGGGUCAUUCCGUGUAAGUUCUCUGGGGAGAUCUCACUGCCGCCGUCGCCACCGCCGCCUUUAGCUGGUCUGGGGGAUGAUGGCAGCGAUGAUGACGAUGAUGAUGAUAGAGCGAUCUCCGGACUGGAGAAUGUGGAGUUGGAUGAGGCGUGGCCGAUGCCCUACCACCACAUUCCAGACCACAUCCGGCUCUGCAGAUACACUGUCUGA